AUGUCUGGCCACCCUUUGAACAUUGGAAUCAUCGGACCAGCCGGCUUCACUGGAUCUUACCUAUGCCUAGAACUCAUCAAUCGAGGCCAUACGGUGAUUGGGAUUUCAAGGAAUCCACAUACUCUCGGACAGCACGAAAGAUACCUGGCCAGAGCCGCAGACGUCAAUAGUCUAAGCAUCGAGUCCUUGGCACGGACGUUCAAAGAUGUUGACGUCCUGAUUAAUGCUUAUGGACCACACUCAGCUGGUCAUGAAGCUCUGAAGUAUAUGCCUUUCUUGGAGGUCACUCGAAAGAUCAUUCUAGCAGCGCGACAUGCCAACGUCGGCUAUUUUGUCAUGGUAGGAGGCUGUGGCAGCCUGUAUAUGCCAGGAAUUGGUUUCCAGUCUGUGUUGGAGAACAAGCCAUGGUGGAUUUCUUAUCGAAGAGCCAUCGCAGAUAGUGAAGCCCAUACAAGCUAUAUGGAAGAGAGACUUGGCCCUAUGGGCUCGGCUCUUCGCGCUUACAGAAAUGCAAGAAUGGAGGAAAACCGUGGCCACGGGUCUGUCAAGUCACGAGAGGUCAUUGACAGCUACGAGCAGGCUGUUGUCAAGAACGAUGGUGCUCUUGUUUUUGUGACUGCUUGUCGCACAACUUUCAUGUUCUUCGAUGGCAAUACCUCUUUUCGGUGGACUUUCGUCUCACCUAGUGCUCUUUAUCGUCCAGGCAAAAGGACGGGACAUUAUCAAGUGUGGUAUGAUAGACUGCCUGUGCGUGGUGACGCAGAUGAUCCCACGAACCUCGACGGUCGACUGCUUGGUAUCUCUGCGGCGGACUUGGCUGUCGCUAUAGCGGACGAGGUGGAGAAGCCUACCAAAGUGGGCAGACACUGGAGUGCUUCGGGAGAUCUGUCUGACGAUACUCCUACAGCAAGCUAUGUGACGUUGUCCAGAGUGAGCACUCAAAAUUCCCACAUAUAA